CCGUAUCGGCCCCGCGCCGAGUUUUGGAGUUGGAGGGGCAGAGACUACAAACAUCUAGGAACAAAGAUGGAGGACUCCCAAAGACUCGGUCACACGAGGUCGGUACUCAUCCUGUACGGGUCUGAGACAGGCAAUGCACAAGAAGUAGCCGAGGAAUUGGGUGCAGUGACCGAACGAUUGCGUUUCGUGACGCAUGUUUCCGAAUUGAACCAGGUGAAGCCGGAAACUCUGUCAUCCUACACCAUUACUAUUUUUGUCGUGUCGACGACCGGUCAAGGCGAUCUGCCGGCGAAUGCGAGGACGUUUUGGAAAUCAUUGCUGCUUAAGAAACUUUCGCCUACGUUCUUGAACGGUGUAAACUUUGCAUCUUUUGGAUUGGGUGAUAGCUCAUACCCCAAGUUCAACUGGGCUGUACGGAAGCUCUACAAGCGGCUGUUGCAGUUGGGCGCAAAUGAUAUUUAUCCCACGGGCGAGGCAGAUCAACAACAUCCAGAAGGGCUUGAAGGCACAUUUCUCCCGUGGAUAGCCGAUUUUCGCAAGAAUUUACUGGAUCGACACCCUCUACCCGCUGGACAACAUCCCAUCCCAGACGAUGUUCAACUACCGCCGAAGUGGAUCUUGCAACUGAAAGAAGGGGAUGCUUCGGUCCCAGUAUCGCGACCUUCUACCGACCAGACUGCUCAAAUAGAUGAAUUUCCCGGUUUAAUUCAUUUGGAUCAUGAUAUUCGACCGCUUCCCGAUACCCUCACCGCAACUCUAGACGAAAACCGACGUGUGACACCACAAAAUCAUUGGCAGGAUGUCCGUCGCAUCUCGCUCACGGUUCCCGAGUCCGUUUCAUACGCCCCGGGCGAUAUGAUCGCCAUCACCCCUAAAACUUCACCCACCGAUGUGCAAACCCUCCUCGACAUCACGGGCUGGAAUGACGUUGCAGAUAAACCAAUUACUCUUGUUCCUGCUCAGAGUACACCGUCAUUAUCGCCGAUACCCGGUCUCGACUCAUACCCUAAUUUGACCCUUCGCACGCUUCUGACAGACUAUCUGGAUCUCAAAGCCAUACCCCGCCGGUCCUUCUUUUCUACCAUUGCUCAUUACACUAAUGAUGAAAUGCAAAAGGAGCGUCUUUUGGAAUUCACGAACCCAGAGUAUCUUGAUGAACUCUGGGAUUACACCUCUCGACCACGACGGAGUAUUCUCGAGGUCUUGCACGAAUUCGAUACAGUGAAAAUUCCCUGGCAGCAUGCCGUAUCAGUGCUUCCGGUCAUGCGAGCACGUCAGUUCAGCAUUGCCAGUGGUGGCGCACGGAAGCGAACUGCAGACGGAAAGACCCAAUUUGAGCUCCUCAUCGCAAUCGUCAAGUAUCAGACCGUGAUCAAAAGGAUUCGUGAAGGUGUCUGUACCAGAUACCUCUCUACGCUCCGACCAGGCAGCACCCUUAGAAUCCAGCUUCAGCCCGGUGGACUCAAAUCCUCUAUCCAACAAUUGACUGGAUCCACUAUGCUUAUUGGACCAGGCACAGGCAUUGCGCCUCUUCGGUCCAUGCUGUGGGAGAAGGCGGCGCUAGUCCAAGCUUACCGAGAGCAAAACCCCGGCGUAGAGCCUCCCAUUGGACCCACAGUGCUACUUUACGGUGGUCGUAAUCGGAAUUCGGAUUUCUUUUUCUCAGAAGAGUGGGAUCAACUGAGUCAACUCAUUCCCCUACAGGUCCUUACCGCCUUCUCGCGUGAUCAGCAACAGAAGAUCUACGUGCAGGAUACGAUCCGACAAAAUUUCCCGCUUGUCUUCCGACUUUUGCAUGAACUGCAGGGGUCUGUUUAUAUUUGUGGUUCCUCUGGACGUAUGCCUCAAGCCGUGCGGGAGGCGUUGAUUGAGGCUUUCCAGAAUGGAGGUGCACCUGUACCGGGGCAACCAUACACUCGGUCGCAAGCGGAGGAGUACUUAAUUUCGAUGGAAAAGAGUGGACGAUACAAACAGGAGACGUGGUGA